CAAUAGGUGACUGACCAUAUAGAAUCCUGCCCCGCGAUCGCUUCAACUCCCCAACCUUUCAAAUUGAACCAACUUGUGCACCAAUCACUGCCAAACUCUUCUCCCAGCCAGUUUAGAAUAGCUAUUGUAUAUAAGAUGGCCACUGCUACCGCCACUACUGCCACCACCACAACAUCGGGUGCGACACAGCCCUUGGUUACAAAGUGGUCUUCUCGAUAUCGUGGGGCCACUGUCGAAGACCUCGACCCCCCGGCUGCACUCUCACUCAACCCCUCCGAUGCCAUCUCUCUCGCCCUCAUGUCCGCCUUUGAGCGCGACUACACGCAUCUUACCGUCGUCGACGCCGACACCCGCGCGUUGCUAGGCUACAUAUCCAUCCCUCACCUUCAGUCCCUUCUCGACUCAGGCAAGGUCAAGCCCGAAGAUCAGCUCUCGGCCGCCAUGACACGCUUCCAGCGCAAGGGCCGUACCUACCGGGUCAUCACGAUGGAAACGACCCUCGAGGACCUUGAGAACUUUUUCCGUGGCGGCGUGUCCGAUGGACCCUGGAAGCAGGAAUUCGCUGUUAUCACGGAUGAGAAGAGGAGGUUCGUCUUGGGCGUCGCGACAGUACAGGACCUCGAGGAGUUUGUGAAGCGAAGACCUGAGUAAAGUGGUUAUUUUUAGCAUGUGAUAUCAACGCCAGAGCUGGGACCCGAAUACCGAGGAACAAAGACCGCGGGAAUAUAGUGCAAGGGACAAAGGGAAAACAAGAACCAAGCAUCAUGGAUGGGCGUUAGGGAAACAAAUGGCCUGGGCAUCCUGGAUUCAUGGGGGACUACAGCAGGCUCAUAACAGCCAGCCAGGCAGGAAAGCUGCUUUCAACAUAGCGCGAUAUGUGGGCUAAUACACAUUGGUGAACACAAAUGUUGUGUGGUGGUGCAACUGAUCCAGUUGCAUAGAAACUCAGUCUAGGAUGACUUCAUAUCGGUCUGUCAAAUUAUAUUUGUCUCAUGAGCAACUAUUACAUGAGUCACUGAGCAAUAAUCAAGCAUUGUGGCCGUCGGUCGUCUAUACUAGGUCAAGUAGUGUUCUGGAGUAAUUAAUCCCAUCUCUAAGCCUGGUAGUCGUAGAUGAGCUUGGCGGUGACCCUCUUGUCACCCUUGGUCACCAAGAUGUGC